GCCGGGCCGGGCGGGGCGGGACAGGCCCGGGCCGGCGCUAAGAUGGCGGCCAAGGGCUUGCACUCGCACGUGAAGCUGGAGAUCGAGCGGUGCCGGGCGGAGGGGCGGUGGGAUCAGCUCCAACACCUGGCCCAGCAGCUGCUGCCACAGACACGGAACCCGCAGAAGACGGCGGGGGUCGACGAUGGUGCGGAGGACUACAGGAAUAUGCUGCUUGCAGAGGCUCUGCUAGAAAAAUGUUUGAAGGAAAACUUUGCCAAACUGAAGGACUCCAUUCCACUGUCAGAGGAGAGUGAUCCAAAACUGAGUGAAGCUAAACAGUAUCUCACAAAUAUCUUAAGCAGAGGAAAAAUACAAGCUAAGUUUAUGACAGAGGCUAUGCUGAUCCUAGGAAAACUUCAUUAUGUGGAGGGAUCCUACAGAGAUGCCAUCAGUAUGUAUGCAAGGGCAACAAUGGAUGACCUCUCAGCCACAGGUGAACCCCUGUACAUUCUGCGUUUGGUAACUGAAGCCUUCGUUAUUAAAGGUCUGUCACUGGAGCGCACAAACAACUCAACAUCCUUGCGUGCUCGACUGUGUGAAAAGGAGAGGGAAGCCAUGGGUUGUUUUGAGACAGCGUGUGUCAUUGCCCAGGUGUACUUGCAGGAGCUUGAAAAGACCUUAAGCAACACACAUUCAAGGAGUCUCAAAGGCAGCAACGUGACUUAUUCUGAGUUUGAACUUUCCUACUUCCUGGAAGCAGCUUUACAGAGUGCCUACGUGACUCAUUUAAAGAAGGGAAAUAUUGUGAAAGGAACGAGGAGUCUGCGGGAAAUACUACGGACUGUGGAAACAAAAGCUACUCAGACCUUCAAAAUGACUGCAGCCAAACAGCUGGCUCAAGUACUUCUCCAUUCCCUCAGCGAAGACUGUUACUGGAGCCCUUUAUCUGAUCCGCUUCCUGAGUUCAUGGACAAGGAAGAUCAGUCUUACGUUAGCAAUCCUUUUUGUCGGAGCCCUGAGCUGUACACAGAAGAGAAUGCCUACUGCCCACAAGACAACGUAGAAGAGGCUCUUCUCCUCCUCCUAAUCAGUGAAUCCAUGGCAAACCGGGACGCAGUGAUCAGCCGAGCCCCAGACCAGCAGCUUGACCGAGCUGUCAGCCUCCGGGAUGCUUCUGAAGUCUACGACCUCCUGAGUAUCACGCUGGGCAGAAGAGGGCAGUAUGUCAUGCUUUCCGAGUGCUUGGAGAGAGCCAUGAAGUUGGCGUUUGGUGAAUUUCAUCUCUGGUACCAGUUCGCCCUCUCCAUGGUGGCUUGUGGAAAGUCAGCAUAUGCUGUGUCAGUGCUCAAGGAGUGUGCUAAGCUGCGACCUGCAGAUCCCACCGUUCCUCUGCUGGCUGCCAAGGUCUGCAUUGGGUCCCUGCACUGGCUGGAAGAAGGAGAAUACUUUGCUAAAAUGGUGAUAGACCUGGGUGAGGAUGCUGGAGAGUUCCUAGCAAAGGGUUACCUGGCACUGGGCCUGACAUACAGUCUUCAAGCUACUGAUGCUACUCUGAAGGGCACUCAGGAUGAAUUAAACAAGAAAGCACUUCAGACUUUGGAGAGAGCACGUGACUUGGCCCCAGAAGAUCACCAAAUCAUCCUCUACCUCUCACUGCAGCUGGCUCUUGUCAGACAGAUUUCUGAUGCUAUAGAACAUCUUCAAGAAGCACUGCAACUGUGCAAAGAUGACAUGAAUUCACUUCAUCUGCUGGCCCUCCUCUUUUCAGCUCAGAAGCACUAUCAGGAUGCACUGGAUGUCAUCAACAUGGCUGUUGUUGAAUACCCCGAGAGCUUUAGCUUACUCUUCACCAAACUAAAACUGGAAUGGAUACAUAAAGGACCUGAAGAGGCGCUGGUGACAUGCAGACAUAUGUUGCAGAUGUGGCAGAUGGCAUAUAAUGUUUUACAGCACAGUGGCUCUGAGAAAAGAAGCAGUGUGACUGAAACACCGGUGAUCAAAAAGCACAAUGGGCUGCAUCUCACACUCCCAGACGCUCACGAUACUGAUUCUGGAUCACAGCGAGCCUCUUCCCUUGCUGCCUCAAGAUUGGAACAGGCCAUGUCUGAAAUAACUAUGCAGAGCAGCACCAUGAAGCAAGGACCUAUGCAACUGUGGACAACUCUGGAACAAAUUUGGCUACAAGCUGCUGAACUCUUCAUGGAACAACAGCAUCUCAAAGAAGCAAGUUUUUGUAUCCAGGAGGCAGCUAGUCUUUUCCCCACAUCUCAUGCUGUACUGUACAUGCGUGGGAGGCUUGCAGAAAUGAAGGGCAAUUUGGAGGAGGCUAGGCAAUUGUAUGAUGAAGCUCUCACAGUGAAUCCAGCUGGAGUGGAAAUUAUGCACAGCCUGGGCCUAGUGCUAAGCAGACUUGGGCGGAGGGAGCUGGCCCAAAAAGUCCUCAGAGAUGCCAUCCAGAUCCAAACUACCAGUCACAAGGCCUGGAACAGCCUUGGAGAGGUCUUGCAAGCACAGGGGAAAAACGAAGCAGCUGUCGAAUGCUUCCUCACCGCUCUGGACCUCGAAUCCACCAGUCCUGUCAUCCCCUUCACUGUCAUACCCAGGGAGCUCUGAAGAUUCGCCCUGCAACCAAGCACCUUAAUUCUGUGAACAGACAGCAAAACCAAAUAAAUAAAAAAAGAAAAAGCCCAACAGAAAAGUGCCAUUGUACCUAGGAGCUGGACAAAAUAUUUCCAGGAUGGGGCUCAAGUCUUCACAUUGGGCUGAGAUGAGCCUAGCUGUAGAUGAAUUUGCAAACAGGCAGAAAUUGCCUUUCUCUUCACAGGUGCCUGGCUCACCUCCUCUUCAAGUUAAUAGCAAGGCUUAUGUCAAACUGUUGCUUCAAGAUGACUGUAGAAUAAAUCAUGCUAGGGUACAGCUGUUGCAAGCACUUGCACCUUUUGAUUUUCAUUAAAGAUAAAAACCCCAGGCCUUGCAGCCCAGACCUUCGCUAAACAGGAGUGGAUGCACCAACUAAUUUGACCAAGUUGUGCUUAAGUCUGUGGCUGCCUCAACGCAGAUCCAACAUGAAAGGAAUGACAAUUAAGCCCUAUAGACUUGCAGUAUAUGCCAUUUAUGAAACUAUUUCACAUAUUUUGAUAAUCAUUUUCCCUCUCUUAUAUACUGCAUAUGCUCACCAUAUUUAGUGUGGCAUUUGCCUAAACAAAUUUGAAUUAAAAAUAUGCUUUUUUUUUUUAAAUGCUGCUGUUGCAGUGAUUCACAAAAGCAGAAAGACCAAAGACUAAACCAGUUCACACUUGAACUAGUAUUAGAAACAUAUAUGUAUCUCUAAUUAUCUAUUUAUUGAAAGUCCUUACAUGAAGUAGCUGAUUAGAAACUCUGCCCUUUGUUCUUAUUAAUCAGCUAUUUUACCACUUUUUAGUGAGGAAAAUCACUUUUACCAGCAUAUAGUGACUGAAAUCUCUGCUUUAUUGCACUGCCAUUCCUGGCACUAAACAGUUUCAUAUCCAUCUUUUCAUGAUAUGAAAGAUGUCAGUAGUAUUUUAAGGGAAAGUGUGCUGAAGCCGGUAUGUGUAUAUAUGAAUUGCUUCUCUCUUUUUUUAGAACCAAGUCUCUGGAUUGUGUAUAGAAAUUUCACAUUAGAGGUACAGAGUUGAGCCUUCAGUGGAGUGGGAUCGUUUUGCAUAUCAUAUCAGACCUAAGAGUGAUCUCCAGAGACAUCUGAAGAGCCCCUAAUCCAGACAGCCUCCUCGUGGCUGGCAGGAAUGGGGCAGGGGAUGCAGCUGGCGUGUCCCCAGAGAAGCUGCUCCUUUGCCUCACCUCCCUUGGGCCUUGGCAGAGAGGUAGAGCUGUACCAUGCUGCUACAUGGCCAGCCCCAUCCAGACCAGUCCCAAGCUGAAGAUGGUGCUGACAUGAGCUGCAGACACUCUUCUACAAAAAUUGUUGAGGCUCUGUGCCCGUUUCUGUCCAAAGAAGAUUUGUGAUUAUUUUAUAAGAGGGUUUGCGCUAAAACACACUGUACUAUAAUUCUCCCCAGUAUUGUGAUCUGCAACUAGUUCAUUCCAGAAAUAAUAAUAUCUUCAGGCAAUAAGUGAGUGGGGGUGAUUUCUUAAAGAGCCUGAGGCUCUGGCAGCAGAUUUGAAGUCAGCGCUGUUUACAUUUGUUUGGCAAUCUGCAGGCUAAUGGAGCACUCUGCUCCUUGCACUGUUCCCAGACCUCACCAUGGCAGAGCUCCUGCCCCGGCCCUCCCUCAAGGCACCCACACCAAGGGAAGUACACAACCCUCAGAUUUCUCUCUGCAAUCUGUUGCACUCCUAGCCCAAUGUAUACUUUUUUUUCCCCCAUUAAAUCCUGCUGGUGCAAUAGCCCAGCUUAUUCCUCUGUUCACCAAGGGAACUGCAAUGAAAGCAGCCCAGCCAUGAAAUGUGCUUGGCCCAUGAGAUCUCUGGCUUUCCAGUGCCACACAGGCACCAAACUGGGCUUUUUUAGGCCAGAGACAGGUUUCCAAGGAGACAGUGCUACCCGGUCGCAUUUCUCAUUUGCAAUAGCACCAGUAGCAGAGGAAGGAGUAGGUGUUAAAGUACCAGAAUUAAAUUAGUUUCAUGAAGACAGAAAGACGCAGCAGAGACCCAUUUUGCUGGGAGGGAUGCUUAUGAAGUCAGCUUGCUCUGCACUGCAGGUGGGAAAGGGAGAAGAGGAGGGGGAGAAAUGCUGUUGUUGACAUAAUAUGUAAAUUGUUACCCAGGUGUUUUAAACCCAGUUCCACAGUCAGAUGCAAUCUGACAACAGACUUGAGAUAGAUAGAUAGAUAGACAGAUAGAUAAUUAUAUUCUGGUAUUUGUUAUCCCUCACAGUUCCCAGCAUAGAAGCAAGCCUUCUGUACAAGACACAGAUAAGAAGAGGCACUGUGGUCAGACAUCACCACUUUCUUGUGCAACAUAUAUUUGUAAAGUGCUGCUAUAGCAACUUCUGUGUAUCAGAUAGCUGUUUUUAGUACAAGCUGUGCAUCCAUCUCUGUGACAGAGGAGCUGCUUUAAGAGGCCUGUGACAUAUCUGGUCUGUGACCUGGCAGGAGGGUGCCUGUUUCCCAGCAGCCACUGAGAAGCAAAUACUCACAGACCCAUUUACUUCUGCACAUGUAGCUGGUACACAGCCACCAGCCCACCACGUUUGUUGGCAGCAGGUGAACCUCAGUAAUAAUCAGACUUGCCACAGCAGACAUCUUCCUAGGAGAAGUGCAGGCAUGCACAAGUGCUUAGAGUCUGUCAACCAGUCAGAUACUGCCAGGGUGGUCCAGUAUUUGUCCUGUGUUACUGGCAUAGGAGUUGCAGUCCUGAGAGCCUGUGCUUUAGAUUUGCCAAUGAAGACAUGCACAAGUAAAAGCCACCAGCAUCAACAGGAAUAACACACACUACCAGCACACCACCACCACAGACCCUGCAUCAGUUGUAGACAAAGUACUUGGCAUGGAAAAUGGGCUUUAUGCUGAGAUUUCCUGCUUGCUUCCCAGAAGGUCUGAAGCACCCAUUGGCUGGAGAGGUGUCACAUUAAAUUGAAAUGCUCUGUACAGUGCAAGAAAGAGGGUGGUUGCUUCAGGCUUGCAAGUCCUGGCAAGGGUAAAUGCUCAAGCUACGUUUGUUACUAGUGCUCAGCGAAACAGAAGCCUUCUCAGGCCUACAUCCUACCUCUGAUAUUCAGUAUGGAUUUUGUUCAUACUUCCAGGUACAGAAAAACAAAACUAUUUUGGAUAAGCCAAGAUACUUUAGUAUUUAUGUAGAUUGCAACUGUGAUACUUUGAUCUGCUUGCCUGAGCUCAGUAAGACUUCUUUGUAUAGCAGGGAACCUGCUGUGCUUAAUGCUCUGUUCUGAGACUUAAGAACAUAAGAUUUGUAUCUCAUCCCUAGUAUGAUUUUUACAAAUAAUCAUAAGUAAUGGAAAUUUGGGGAACAAUAAGUGAAAUACCAGUUCUGUGACUUUCAGCCCUGACUUCAGUCCGAGUUUUCUCACUAGUUCAUAAAGAGGAAGAGAAAAAAGGCAUCCUUGCCUAAAGGAUCUGGGUAUGCCCAGGUUCCUUUUUGUCACAAGGUUAUUUUCGUUUGUGUUGGCAGGGUGCAUGCAAAAGGAAAAUAAUUAGCUCCUAUUUUUCUGUUGCACAGUAAAGGAGUAGUAUUUACCCUUGUCUUUGACCAACAAGAAGGUUUUUGUGUUACUAACAAAAAUGACUGCCUCCAGGAUAACAGAAGGAGAAGCCCAGCAGACCAGGGAACAACCUCCACUCCCUGCCUUACCCCAUGGAAACUGCCAUUAUCUCCACUGGGGUUGCUGGUGCUGAUGAGCGUUUCUUCCAGUGGAGGAUCUGCCCACCAGUGUCCUUACCCUGCACAGGGAGUACAGCAGAGCUGCCACAUUCCUGCUCAGCACAGAUACCCCAGUCCGUUUCUACUGGUAACAGUUCAUGCUACUGAUUAUCACACUGUUUCAGAAGUGCUAAUUAUCUUUUCUUGGUAAUGACUAAUAAAUCCAAAUGAAGAACAGUCCUGGAGGGUGUUUACUUUAAAAUUCACUGCCUGGGUUCUAAAGUAGGCACAGCACUGACUAUUCCAGUUUGAAUUACAGUUCAGUUAUUUUAUUCUGUUAUUUUAUCUGAAAAAUGUUGCAUUUUUGGAGAGCCUGGUGAAGACAGAGUUUGGCUACUUUAUAUUUCAUUUCAGUGACAAUAGGGUAGGAAACAGUCCUUUUCAGUGAAAAGAUUUCACUGCCAUGAUCUUUUAUUAGCCCAACCAACACAGGUUUGAUAGUUGCAAUUUGGCCUAGGAGAGGAAGGCUUCUCAGAGCACCCAUGCUGCAGCCACAAUUGCCUCUGGCAGAAUUGUAUUACAGGCAUAUUUGACAAUUAUGCAAUGAGCAUGUGUAGCUGAGCCAUCCCUCCCUCCUCCAGCGUGUUACAUAUUUGGCAAAGUGGGCUGCUUUAUGCCCAAAAGGGCCACUGCAGUGUCAAUCUGAUGUUAGGCACCACCAAGCUCUCACCUGUGGGGUGGCAGCACCAUCUUGUUCACCAGCAUCCCCAGCUUGUGCUGGCUUAACCAACCCUUUGACUCCAG